AAUAGUCCCAUCAACUGGUGUCAAAGUUGGGAAGGAAACGCAGAAGUGCCUCAUCAUUGGGUGUCAGUUGGGAGGAAUAGUGUCCCAUCAUUGGUGUUAAAAAGGAAAGCCACCCCAUCAUUGGUGUCAGUGGGAGGAAUAGUGCCCAUCAUUGGUGUCAGUGGAAGGAAUAGUGCCCACAACAUUGGUGUCAGUGGGAGGAAUAGUGCCCCAUCAUUGGUGUCAAGGGGAGGAAUAGUGCCCCAUCAUUGGUUCUGU